AUGGAACCGCCCGAGCGCGACGCGGGCGACGCGGGCAUCGAGCUGUCGAGCUCGCGAGCCUGCAUCCAGCCAUGGCCAAAACGAAAAGACGGACGUCUCAACAGUCCUCCAGCCCUGUUCAAAGAUCUCAAAGAAGAGUCCGCGAGAAUCAGAGGCAAGAUUCUGCCGCAUCGACAGCAGACAAGGGAAAAGGACGUCAACGCUACGGCCACCAGGUCCUUGCAGUGCGGCGUGUGCGAGAAAGUUUUCAAGUACAGGUCGCAGCUCCGAACACACUUGUUCGCUCACGUAGGCGAAAAACAGUACGCCUGCGACGUGUGCGGCAGGAAAUUCGUGCAGAAGAGCAACCUGGUGAUCCACACUCGCACGCACACGGGCGAGAGGCCCUUCGAGUGUUCGUCGUGCCCGGCCGCGUUCACCAGAAGCGAUAUUCUGAAAAGGCACGCAUUGACCCACACCGGCGAACGACCACAUGAGUGCAGUGUCUGUGGACGCCGAUUCGCCUUAAAAUCAAGCCUCGCGUCCCACGCAGCGACUCAUUCGGGGAAGAAGGCAUUUGCCUGCCACGUGUGCGGCCGAAAGUUUGCCCUUAGAGCCACACUCCGGCGCCACACCCGUACGCACACUGGGGAGAAGCCCUACACCUGCCACCUCUGUCCCGCUAUGUUCGCGCACUUGAAUACCCUGAAAGUGCACGUCGCAAGCCACACCGGCGAGCGACCUCACAGGUGCGACGUGUGCGGGAUGGCGUUUACUGCAAAAUGCAACCUUUGGAAGCACAAGAAUAUGCACUCAGGUGUAAAGAGGUUUAGCUGUCAGAUCUGUAGCCGCAAGUUUAGUUUGAAGCAAGCACUAACAAAGCACACCCGCACACAUACGGGCGAGAGGCCGUACCUCUGCCACCUAUGUCCCGCUGCAUUCGCAUUGAUGGCUGCACUAAAAGUGCACCUUCUAACCCACACUGGUGAGCGACCUCACAGGUGCGACAUAUGCGGCAAGGGAUUCACCCAGAGAGGGCACCUUUCGCGUCAUCAGCGUGCUCACUCAACGAGUAGCUAA